AAGACAUUUAAUGGCCAUCUCGCCGCGCGCUUUGCAUACGUUGUUUCGCUCAUUCUUUACAUCGCACCUCCAUCUUCCCACCAGUUACUAGUCCUCACUUUCGAUGAUGUUCCAUGCCAUCUAUUGGUUUGGCUCAAAGAGUGGCAGCAUCCUAAUUAUUUUGCUGUUUUUUAACAUAUUUCCCAUCCACGCGUCUCCUGUAACCACAUCUGUGGCCAAGCUCUCUCCCGACCAACUCCUGACCAAGCGGGUGAAAGUACCAGUCCCUCCGUUUCCAGAUGAUUAUGAUGGCCGAAUCGACAAGGGCAAGUGGCUCAAGGGUCUUUUUGCGCUAGAUGAUGCACAAGCGCAAGAGUACAACGGCGGGGUUUCUAUCGUCAGCCCAUUCAAGGACCCAGACGAGAUGUUCGAUUGGGGGUGGACGCGUCACCUUGCACGGUGGCCCUUCGACGAACUGCGGGAAUGGCCCCAAUUUACGAAAGACCUAGACGAGUUAUUUGCGGACCCAGCUUUUCCCUUAGACCAGUCGAAGGGCGUAGCGUAUCACAUAGUCCACGACCGACGGUUUCGGUACCCGGAUUUACGAUUUGGAUUUCCGACGACGGCGCAUUAUACUAACGUGGUUAACCCACCUGCCGGCGCAUUCAUCUUCUAUUCAAACUUCAGUCCCCAUUACGCAAAGUCCGUAUAUUCUAAAGGAGACAUCCCUGACCUAGAUACGUUAUCGGAUUUUGCUUUCUUUCAAUGGCAGCUCGGUUGCGAAGCCUCUGGUGUUGAAAUGACCAACCUCAAGGUCAUCUUCCGAGCGCAUAUUACCCAUGAGCGGACUUUGAAUAUUAUUGUCCAGGCUUUACGUAGAAGGGGGUAUCAGAGGAUCCCUGGCUGGGAUGAACGGGUCACAUUCCCUAUGGAUUCAGACGAGGGGCUUGCUAUUUUGGGUACUUCUCACGGCGCUUCAACGGCCUGGAUGCUUAUCCAGCACAAGUCAAAACUCGGGUUGAAAACUAUUGGGGAGGUGGUAGUAUGGGAGUCAGGAGGGGGCUUCCCACUCGAUCAAAAGCUAAAGGAUGCCAAGUUGAACUUGAGAUUUACAAUCUUAGACGCUUAGGAUUUCUCUUUUUACCUGAUCAGGCUUUCUGGAAGGGGGGAGAAAUGGUCAAAGUAGACCAAGACUAAGGAGACACUCAUCUGACGACUGUCUCACAGUUUUGUGGCUUUAUCGUGAAAUGAGUCAACAUACCGCAUUUCGGCCACCCGAAUAUGCCUCAUUUUCCCCUCAGCACCAUGAUGUUACGAGCAGGUCAGGGCAACCAACUGCACCACAAAGCAAAAGCUUCGGUAAUGAUGCGCCUGCAUCAUUAUCCCCUGUUCUGCACUAUAUAGUUACGCCGGCCAGCACCCCAACUGGUUGGGCCGUAACACAUGACUGCCCUCCAACUUCCAGCUACCACAACACUAACAAACCUCAUCUAAAGGACUUCGUCUUUUGCACAUACCUUCCUCUAUAAAUGGUCGAAUAUGCCGAAGAUGAGAUCAAUCAAGCUGCGCAAGUUGUCAGCGACGGCAUGAGCCUAAGGCAGCACGGUGGCUGGGCCCCAAGCGUCGAGGAUGAUGCCCUGGCCGACCCAGGCGAACGAUUCCGUCCGCAAGGUUUCGACCGUCGUGGCCCCGCCGAACGAAUGGCCCAUGAUGGUCACGUUCUCGAGGAACAUCCUGCCCUUCCAGUCUUCCCACAUGAUCCCUGUGAGACCCUGGGAGCUGGAGGCGACGUUGCCCUUCCUCCUCAGGUUCGUAGCUUCCACCUCGUGCCCCCGGCCGCUAUUGAUGCGCCCGAGGAUGCGGUAGGCCUCCUCCAUCUCCGCCAUUCUCAUCUCGAUCUGGGCCGUUCUCAAUUCCGUGUCGACACCGCGUGCGUUAUGGGGCGCAGUGUCCUGGGCGUUGUCUUUGGGGAAGAGGUAGUCGACACAGUAGUGCCGGUCGCUCUGCUUGCCCUUUUUCUUGUUCUUGAUUUUCUGGGCGCUGAAGCUCUUGACGUACGCUGUCGACGAAUCGCUGUCGGACACAUCGCGAGUCUCGGGCAGGUUGACGUAAGUUCUGGCGCCGCUCCCGUCCCGGUGCUCCACCGCCACGACGAUGAAACCGUAGCUCGCCAGCUCGCCACAGAUGGAGCUGUAGCUCAUCCUGGAGCCCCCGAGACCGUGGCUGAAGAUGAUGACGGGGAAAGUCGGGCUCGUGCCGGAACUCGACUCCUCGUUGCGUGCCGUCCGUCCAGUGGGCCCGUCGUCGCCCAGCAUGUCUUCCGGCCAGUGUCCCGCGAGCUUGGCAUUGCGCAACGCCGGGAGCUUGGUGAACAUGGAAGUGGCGGCGAUGUAGGCCGUCACCGGCAGGUUCGGGACGCUGAAGAACUUGGCGUAGCCCUUGCAGGUGAGAACACGCGGGCGAGGGAGCCAUCCGACCCGCGAGGGCUGCGACUUGAUCCCAUUCCCGCCGGCUUUCCCCUUGCCGUCGUUCUCGGGAGCGGAGUGGUCGUCUGUCUUGGUCUUGAGGGCGCACGGGUAGUAGACGGCGAACAGGACGGUGUCGAGCCUAAGCAGCGGCACGUUAUCGCGCCUGAGGUUGGAAACCACACGCGGCUGGCUGACGGGCGCCUCAAUCUCGAGGAAGCUUACGCCAUAAGGUCCCGUGUAGAACGGCAGCGAGUGGAGGAAGCGCUCCCUGAAGGUCUUGGGCGGGUGCGUCGCCGAUCGUCGUUUCCUGUCCUCGGUCGAGGCCUUUUUCUCUCCCGACACCAUUGCGAGCGAGCGGGGGGUGUCGGUGAUGUCGUACGUAUGUUCAAAGAUGUUUGACGCGCGGACGCGGGUCGUAGUGAAGGGCCUUCUGUCGAUGUCGCCGACCAAGGUGGUUGAACGAGAGAACGCGGAAUGGUGUUGGAUAUAGAUGUGCGCCGGCUCACGGCGGCAAUGCAGGAACACCCGUUGCAAGGGAGAAAUCGGGUGAGAGAAGGUCAGGCAGGCAGGGUCCGAACAUUCCUGAACGAGACGUGCGCAGAAGUCACGACCCCUUGGCUAGGCUCGCUGGCGUCGCGCUUGUCAAUUUCUGUCGCUCGGUCGAGUCGAGGAUUAUUAUUGCCGUGGUUAAAGGAUGGAAAGCGUGAAACUGAGCAGUCCGGUAGAUGCGCUGACGUCACAAUUUGCUGUUUGGCCGUUCUUUCAGCACCCGGAUUUUGUUUCUCCUGAUUGUUGACAGGGGUCCGUCUGCCGGUCUGUCUAUCUUGUCACGCGAGGCGGAGGGGGUAUCAUGCCAUAAGGAUGAAGACAAGAACAAAACGAUAAAAAAGGUUCCGUUGAUG